AUUAUUAUUAUCUCCUCUAAAACCAUGGAUCAGACCAUCAAAGYUGAAGAUAACGACAAUAAGGAUGAGGACAACAAUAACAAUGCCAACACUGAUGGUGACAACGGAUCCAAUAAUCCGACGAUUAAUAAACCACAAGAAAGACAUCAACGAAAACGUAAGAAACGAUUGUUGACAGCCAUUAGACAACAGAUUGAAUUCUACUUCAGCGACGCCAACCUAAGACACGACCGUUUUAUGCGCCAACUGAUUGGYGCCGAAGAUCCCGAACAMAGCUGUGGCCAAAAACCUGUCGAUUUGRCAGAGUUUUUGAAGUUCAAUAGGAUAUCCGAGUUGACCACAAAUAYCCGCGACAUAGGCCUAGCKCUCGAUAGAUCYGUUGGACUSRAAUUGGACGMCAAUCGCCWGWCAGUACGUCGAUCGCRACCGUUUACAGCCGGCAGUGUCAAUACSGAUGACCAGACACUGUAUGUGGAGAGACUGCCGCCGACGGCYGAUCAGCAGUGGCUGUGGUCGGUGUUCGGUACGUUCGGCAAAAUACAGUACGUAAAGAUACCCCGAUUCAAAAACAACAACCAGAUUAUGGGCUUUGCAUUUGUCGAGUUUGAGGACAAACURUCGGCGGAAAAGGCGUUAAAACAUUUUACUGCCGAAYCMAAUCCGCAAGUGACGGACGACAACAACAARUGUGASAAUAAAGAUGCSAAAGAAGWAGUAGWAGAAGAAGACACUAAAGUCAGUGAACAACAACAGACCGAUARUAAAGUAGUGAAAACKMCGUCAAAAGUAUUGGGAGGCAAAAGACCGCUGAAGAACACCACCGAUGAUAAGGAAGAAGACAUURCUAUUGGCGAAGARGUUGAACGUAAACGAACUAAACUCAGUGACGAURACGWWAAUCAAAARCMGAUUASUAGCGAACAAAGUGAAUCAAAUUCAAUGGUGAUAGUGAACAACAAUGAGAUGACGAUGAAGAAGACAAGUGAUGGCGAAAUAGAUACRAAACUAAAGACAACGACAAAGAAAAAGAAGAAGAAACGCAAGAAAAAGAAGUCGAUUGCUGCAGAUUUUGUUGUCGAAGAUAAUAAUAAUAAUAAUAAYAAYAACGAUAACGAUAACAAUCAUCAGAAUCAUCAYCACCAGCAACACCAUCACAACAACCAUAACAAUACAAACAAGUCGUCCGAAGUAAUCAAUUUGAGAGUUAUGUCGAAACACGAAUGGAAAUCAUGGAAAAAACGAUAUUUACAAUUACAGAAGCAAACCAUGUCUUCAUUGAAGAAAUCACUUGAAGUGAUGGACAACAACAAUGARAAACAACAGCGACAAACAACUGAUGGCAAGACUGUUGGUGACACCAACAAUGAUAUUGUCGUUGCCGUCGACCGUAGCUAUGAUAAGGGAUUGAUAAUCAAACUGAACUUUAAGGUSGCCUCACAAGAGUUCAAUGAGAAUCAAUUCAAACGAAACGUACGACAAAUGGCCGAWAAACGUGAGAUAUCGUACAUUGAUUUGCAGACCAAUCAGUURGAGUUUGUCGACAGCCAAACCAUUCAAGGCCUSUGCUAUAUCCGGACRGUUAGUCAGGAUGUCUGUCAACGAUUAGUAGCCGAUGAACGGCUCCGGCAGUUGGGCGGCGGCGGCGAUGGUAACAGUGWAGCAGCKGUUGUCUUAGAUGGCARUGAAGAAUCGGAUUAUUGGRYGAAAAUAUUUGACGAAAGAAGCAAAUUGAUGGCCUAUCAGCAGAAAUACAACUAUAAUACUAAUAAUAAUAAUAAUAAYAACAAAAACAUCAACAAUAAGAAGUCGAGACACAAUAAGAUUAGAGGUUUCGAUAAAAUCAUUAAUAGAGCC